GAAAUGCGGCUUUUUGCAGCACGGAACCUGGCCCGCUUGGCACGAGGACAAAGCCACAAGUUCCAUGGCCCCACGCUGCGUCACGCGCUACUUCUAAGUGGCCUGGGACUGUCCAUGCUAGCCCUCGCACGUGGAGAGAUGGCGGACGUGCACUCUGCGCACAUGGAAGCGCAGUGUGACGCUCGCUACGCCCCGCCCGAGGUGGAGGGGGCCUUCUCUGUGCCUCUGGAGCGCGAGGAGUUCGCACCCAUCACCAAAUCCCGCGCUACACGAGUCAGCAGCGCAUCGUAUAAGGCAAAUUUCCCCAUCGAGGACAAGUACGCAGUGGCGACGACAGACGCGGGCGACGUGUUCGCAACCGUGCUGGAUGGCCAUGGUGGCUGGCAGGUGUCUGAAUAUGCUCGCAAGACGCUGAUUGGCAACGUGCAGAAGGAGCUGGCUUAUCUGUACAAGCCGGGGACGUCUGAGCCGGCUCAAGGUGACGAGGAGGCGGUCUCGGACAACCGCGUAGCUGCUGCUAUUCAACGUGCAUUUGGUCGCACAGACCGCGACCUUAUGGCAGAGGUGGCAUCGGCCUUCAAGCUGGGUUUCGGAGCUGUUGCACGUUGCGGAUCGUGCGCAUGUCUGGCGUACGUGCACGAAGGCACCGUGCACGUUGCCAAUGCUGGUGACAUCCGUGCAGUACUGGGUAAGCUCGGAAAGGAGCCCAACACGGUAGUAGCUGAGCCACUCAGUAAAGACCAGAACGCUAUGGUGAAAAUCGAGCAGGAGAAGCUCAUUAAGGAGCAUCCGGGUGAAGCCAACGCUUUCACGUGCCGCCACCCGGACUCGUGCUACGUGAAGGGCGCACUGCAGCCUACCCGCGCAUUCGGUGACUUUGCCCUGAAGCAUCCGGAGUUCAACGGGCCGCCCUACAAGAACGGGGACCGCUCUGCUGGUCGCCACUUUUCGGCACCGUACACGCCACCAUACAUCACGGCUAUCCCGGAGGUUACGUCGCACAAGCUCUCGGAGGGAGACAAGUUCCUUAUCAUCGGAUCGGAUGGUCUAUGGGACUAUCUCAGUAACGAAGAGGCCGUCGAAAUCGUGAACGGUCAGGCGUCGUGUGGGAAUCACGAUCUGGCUGGACGUGCGCUGGUUGAACGUGUGCUUCAGAAGGCGGCGAAGCGAUACGGAAUGACGUACCAGGAGCUGUUGAGUCUGCCACCGGGAAGUCACCGCCGUCGUCGUCACGAUGACACGACCGUGGUUGUGCUGUUCUUCGACUAGAGUGAAUUCAGGCGCCUGAAUAGCCUUGACGACCAAGAAGGAUUGUACAACUUGCAACCUUUAAACCAUUAAAGGCACGAUUCAAUCAAAA